GGUCACUUUAAAUUAAGUGGACAACCCUGAUGGUGUACUUUUGACUACACGUUAGGAAUAUAGAGAACAUUUAGGUACGAAUAGCUCAAUUCUGGAGUAAAACUCGCGCACAAACGAGACUUUAGGUCUAAACUGGACAAUCGAUCGAAAAGAUGCGUUGAUGGAACGAGAAUCUCAUGAAAGAUGACGACGGACAACUUCACAAAGCUUGGCACCAACGCCUUUGCCAAAAUGGACAAAAUAAACUCUGAGCUCUUUGCCCUCACCUACGGCUCCAUGGUCAGCCAGCUGAUUAGAGACCAUGAAGACACGGAAACUGUAAACUCACAGCUCGUAGAAAUAGGAAAAAACAUUGGAAGCAAGUUAGUGGACGAGGUCUUGGCCAAGUUAGGCUGUGCUCCAUGCACAGAUUUUAAAAGUACAGUUGAGGUUAUCGCCAAGGUUGGAUUUAAAAUGUUUCUUGGCAUCAGCGGAGAUGUGGUCACUGUGAAUGAACGGGAGAAUAUUCAUAACAUAAAAUUUCAAGAAAAUCCUCUGGAUCAAUUUGUAGAACUACCAGACUCGCUCUGCAAGUUAAACUACUCGGGAAUAUACUGCGGAGUCAUUGUCGGUGCAUUGGAACAGCUUCAAAUGAAAGUACAAUGCGAUUUUGUAAAGGACAUGCUCAAGGGUGACGAUUGUUACGAGAUUUCUGUCAAGCUUCAAGAGAUUAUCAAGGAUACACUUUCAGAUGACGAAUAA